AUGACUGCAAAGGGAGGAAAGUAUUGCGUUGCUGGUUUUGCAAACGCAAGAUCGUGCAAAAGUUCAAGUAAUUCAAAAGGGAUUUCGAUGCAUAUGUUUCCUCGUGAUGAUAAACAACGUGCUGCAUGGACGAAAUUCGUUAGAAGGCAUAAACCGGGUUGGAAUCCAACAACGUCUUCUGCGUUAUGUUCUGCCCAUUUUCAAGGCAAUGAAUUUACUCAACGGCUGGAUAUUGACAUACCAACCGCGCCUGAUCGCUCGUCAAGCAGUAUUUCCUGCAAGAGAUAUCUCACGCACGGGACAAUACCGACAAUCGACGACUAUGAUAUUGCUUCGAAAUCCUUUCCCCAAACUGCUACACUUGAGCCUACUACACCCCAAAUUCCUGCCGCCAAAGUCCAACGUGCAAAAAGGCAGCUUCUCCGAGACGUAUGUCAGUCAACUAAGCGGCCAAAGAUUCUGGACGAAAGCGUGGCCAUGGCAGAAAACCAAGUCGAAGAUUCCUUUGGCGAUGAAAGGAGGUCGACGGUGUUCCUUUCUCAAGGCCAAUUCUUUCCUCAUGACGAGCAAGUUAUAAUAAAUGACACAAGUCAAGAUAAACGUGCUGAAGAGUCAGACGAACUGUUUACUUGUAAACGAAAGUUAAAAACUUCCCAGCAAAG